UAUCUUUACUUUUCAAAGAUUGCACGUUUUGGUGUGAACUUGCAGGGAUUCCCGUGAUAAAUGCGACGUCAGCUGUGAGUUUGCAGCCAGUAAGAGACAGAUCCUUGAUUUUAAAAAAAUUUAAAAAAAGGAAAAAAAGCUGCAUCGUCAUCACUGUGAACCGGACUCUGACAGACGAUGAGCUGUUUGUGGCCAGACGAGACGAGACCUUUAAGUACAGACCUUUGGAUUUCUCGGUCACGUGACUCGGUUUCUACAACCAGCCUGUCUUCUCCCUGCUGACCGUCCCGCUCCCACCAACCGAACAAUUAAAACACAGGAUGGCACAGGCUCCCAUGUCAUGCGACUGUUUUGUGUCUUUACCCCCCGGUUCUCGCGAUGACCACGUGAUUUUUGGGAAGAACUCGGACCGUCCCCGAGAUGAGGUGCAGGAGGUGGUCUACCACCCUGCAGCGUCUCAUCCUCCGGGAUCCACGCUGGAGUGCACGUACAUCCAAAUCCCUCAAGUGGAGAGAACCUAUGCCGUUGUCCUCAGUAAACCAGCCUGGCUGUGGGGCGCCGAAAUGGGAGCUAAUGACCAAGGAGUGUGCAUUGGGAAUGAGGCAGUCUGGACCCGAGAGCCUGUGCUCCCUGGAGAGGCUUUGCUGGGCAUGGACCUUGUCCGGCUCGGGCUGGAACGUGGUGACAGUGCCUGGGCAGCACUGACAGUCAUUACUGGCCUCUUGGAGCAGCAUGGCCAGGGCGGGCAGUGCAAGGAGGAACCAGAACCCUUCAGCUACCACAACACCUUCCUCCUGGUGGACCGCAGUGAAGCCUGGGUACUCGAAACUGCUGGGAGACUCUGGGUGGCACAGAAAGUCUCAGAGGGCGUAAAGAACAUUUCCAAUCAAUUAACCAUCCACACAGAGAUCUCAGCAGAGCAUCCAGAACUACGAAGCGUGGCCAAGAACCAGGGGUGGUGGGAUGGCCAGGGAGAGUUCAACUUCUCUCAGGUGUUUAGUCCUGAAAACCCUCCGGCCAGGAUGGAGCUGAGCAAGAAGCGCUACAAAGGAGGCACAGAACUGCUUCAACAGUAUGAUGGCUCAGUGACAGCAGAGGUGAUGAUGACCAUCCUGAGGGAUAAACCCAGCGGCAUCUGCAUGGACUCUGGAGGAUUUUGCACCACGGGGAGCAUGGUGUCUGUCCUGCCCAGAGACACUAGCCUUCCCUGCAUUCACUUCUUCACUGCCACCCCAGACCCAUCCAGGUCUAUAUUCAAACCUUUUAUAUUCUCGGACUGUCUGACCCCGGUCCUGAGGGUUGUCUCUCCGCAGUUUGGACCAAGCGACCCCGUCAGGAAGCAGCCGCGCUUUCAGAGCCGGGUGGAUCGCAGACACGAUCUCUACAAGGCCCACCAGGUGGCGCUCAACACCAUGGAGACCAAGCCGGAUGAAGGUUUAGCCGUCUACGACAUCCUGAGGGAUCUGGAGUCGCAGUGUCUGAGUGAGAUCUCAGCCAUGCUCAGCGGAGAGAUACCAGGAGACGAACUGGGGGACCUGUUCUUUGAUUGUGUGGACACAGAGAUUAAGUUCUACCAGUGAGAAGCUCCCUCAAGUGGACACCACCCAGCACUCAUGGCGUGGCAGGAUAAGGCCCUGGAACUAUUAAAAAGAAAAAUUUCCUGUGUUUCUUCCUUCCUCUGGUUGGCCACCGCCUCACUCAUGCAGCCUGCAUUUCUGACUCCAUUCCAUCAUUAACUCAGACUGAGCUGCACAUGCAAUUGGAGCACAUUUGUCAUCUAUAUCACCCGGAGAGCAAUGACUGCACUAGUGAGUAUAUUGAUGUAGACUACACGGGUACUCAUGUAGAGCUGUGUGAUUGUUACACAAAUACUCUAAGUAGGCAUAUAUGUAAACGUUUGUUUGCUGCUGCAGAUGAAUGACUGGUCAUCUGGUUUGAAGGCUGCCCAUAGGGAGACCUGUAAUAAAGGAAGUGCGUAGCCUGUCCAAAGUGUGUUGUAUAGUUUGCUUCUGUUUUUUUUGUUUUGGUUCACACCUAAGCUAAUGAUGGGUAGGUAAUGUGUUGAUCUGCCACAAUGUUUGCUUAAAUAAGCAAAUAGGAUAGAAUAGAUAUUCUUUUCCGAGAGUGGAUUUAUGGCAGUUCCACUCUAUACUGAUUGCAAAUGCACUUGGUAUAGAGUUAUUUUAAUAAAGGUGCUACCGGUAAUAAACUUCACAUCGAUCUGGUACAUUAAAAUAUGUACGAGAAGUUGAUUUUUCAAAAUGUGACUCCCACCAAAUGCACCCUAAAGAGCGCUGGUAUUUCUUGAAACAAUAAGUUAAAUAUCAUCUCACUGAUGCAAAUUGUUUUGAAGAACAAAAAAGGACAACUCAAUUAAAAAUAACAAUUUACCACUUUUUGGUGGAUGCGUAUUCAGCUAUUUUACAAAUAUAUACAUUUGAAAAACAUGACUAAAGAUAUACAAUUUCUGUAUUAAAUAUUAAGAAAUUAUUAUAAUUAUACUUAAUUUCACUUGGAAGAGCAGGACAUUUAUGGAAAAAUAUGUGCAAUUUUAAAUAACCCUAAAUAAA